CGGGGCGUGGGCGGCGGCGGCGCUGGGCCGGGGGGAGCCGCGAGGCCGGGAGCGGGGUAGGCUGCGCCCGUACUUAAGCGGGCUGCCCGAGCCGCUGACGUCUUUCGAAUUGGAGACGGGCUGCCCCCUCCCGCCCCGGGCUCCCGCGGACACGGCCGCCGGGGACGGAGCCACGGUAUGAGUAUCUGUCUACAAUGUCCAGGCAUGCCCAGCAGCUUAGAGACCAUGAUAUAAAUCCAUGUGUAGCGGAAACAGAUGCCUCUAGAAGAUGUAUGGAUGACAACAACUAUAACAAGGAUAUGUGUACUACUUAUUUUUUGAAGUACAAAAGCUGCAGAAAAUUCUGGCAUGACAUCAUGAUGCAAAGGAGAAGAAAUGGUGUGAAACCGGAGAUGCCCUCAGCAGAAGAGAGAAAGAAAAUGUUGGAAUCAAUGGGGAAGCCCUACUGACCAGAUGCUUGCAUUGAUUGACGGUUUUCACUGUAUAUAUGAAGAUUUACUAGCAGCAAGUUGCCCUUUUAUGAACUGGACUUUACAGUUGUCAUAUCUUGGAUUAAAAUAAGCUUUUAAAUUUUGAAA